AUGCGUCAAACUUGCCUGUGCCAAUACCUAAGGGUAGAAUGCAACCAUCCCGACACUCUACUGCAGCUGCCAGUUGCCAUACGGGAGCGCAUCUACUGGCAUGCUGGCCUCGUCACUGGUCACCGCCUCGACUACGGCGAACCGCUUGAUGAUGACGAUUCGGUUCUAUUGAUGCAUAUCUGCCACCAGAUUCGCACCGAGGUUAAGGCAUUCCUCCUAGAGCACAACACCUGGGUUAUCGCAGAAAAUAUUGACGAGUCUCUUCUUGCGCUCCAAGGAUGGAAGCCGGAGGUGUGCGCCAGACUCCGCGACUUGCACAUCCAUGUGCAGACGGCGGAAUGCGCACCUCCUACCUGGAGCCGCAUUCGGGCCUGGCAAGGCGCCGUGAAGCACCUGCUACAACAUGCCAAGCCAGGUCAGCUCAGGCUUCAUGUUAUAUGCCACGUGUAUGACCAUCUGGCCAGGGCUAGAGCCGCUGUCCAACCAUUUGAGCAAUUUCCAGGUCGCCUCAGAGAGCUAGAGCUCUGUCUAGCCGACCACCUUACACAUGGCUUCCUAAAACUAGCUCGCGAGGCGGUGGAGUUGGCUCAAGCACCAGAUGAGGAGGAAGAAGCCCGUCGUGCUAUGCGCCCCUUCCCGUUUUUCAACCUUCCUCAGGAGAUUCGUCACUACAUCUAUCAAUAUACGGGCCUCGUUCUUCCUCACCGAAAUGUCCUCUGGUUGCCGGAUGGGUAUGGGUUCCGCCGCCAAGGGAUAUUCUGCGAAUGCGAUGGGACUGUAUGCCGCGAGAGGGACCUCCAUUAUAACCGCAAGUUCUAUCGCUGUGAUGUAGAGGACGACUUUUGCUCAGGGCGUAACAGUAGCUUUUCGAGGCGCUGUAAACAUGAGGCGGCGCUGUCUCUGUUGCUUGCCAGUCGGGCGCUUUACCAAGAAGCCAUCGCUUUCUUCUACGCGAGCAAUAGGGUCACCAUCGCCGCUCGCAGGCACCCCGAACACGCGAUAUCCAUGUGGGACCCUACUCACAGCCCACCUCUUCCUCGAGAUGAGUGGGGUGUGGCGGGCUCGGAUCUUGAGGAGUCGUACUCGGCGGAGCAGAUCACGCACGAUCCUACAAGACUUUUCAUUGAGCAUGUCGGCACCGCUGCUUUGCGCCAUCUCCGGAAUAUUGAGAUCGUGCUCCCACGGACAACUACAAAAUCUAGCCUCGAUGAUGAAUUAUCCAUAUAUACCGAAUGGCGUGAGGCAGUUGACAUUCUCGCCGAGCAUUGCAACCUGGCGGGCUUGACCAUCUCGAUCCAUAUCUUCACCACGCGCAGGUACUUGCGUUGGCCGCUAUCAAGGACCGAAGACAUCCGCCAGACGCAGGGCCUCCGUAUGCUUGCCCCGCUGACGAGGCUGUCGGGUCUUGGUCGGCUUUAUGUUUUACUGGAGUGGCCUCGGCAUUGGUCAUCCUUGAGACCAAGGCUUGAUAUAGAUGCGUCUGGCAUGCCCGAGAAGCCUAGUCCAGGGUGUGCUAUAGGCGAGCAUUAUAUACCGACCUCAGAGCCCAGCCUUGUGCAAGAGGAGACACAGCUGGAGAGGCAAAUUAUGGGCGAACACUAUGAUAGCUUUGCGGUAGGCAAACGAGAACUUGUUCCCAGCCCGUGGCUUCGUGGCGAUUGGGACUAUCCUCAGGAUUAA